UAUCAUCAUUACCUGACUGCUAGAAGACACGUUAUGAACCAAGGUAGAGUAGAUUUCGACAACAACUUGACCUGGCUAGAUCGAGUACUCCACGUCAUCAAAUGCUUACCUUCUGCAUCUGAACAAACUUCUGAUCAAUACCAUAGUGCUGAAAACUCGAUCAACACAAGCAGCUGUCAUGACGUUUAUGAAAGCAAGGCAAACGACAGUAAUGUUUCAAGACGCUGUUUACUCUCUGGACAAGAAUAUGCUAAAACAGCUGACCAAGAGAUAUUGAAACAAACACAUUAUCAAAUGUUUGACACACAGAUGACGCUUAGCAAGCUCCGUGUAGACUGCUUAGAAAAAGAAGACCAAAAAUGGACCGGGAAAGUGCAAGAGCAAAUGAUUGAAUUGCUAGAAAUAUGGACCAGACGAUAUGGAUGCUGUAAAGCUAACGAAAUGAUGAGAUCUCACCUGCAAGACUUUGAGCUUGAAGACGACUUUUUGCCAUGGCUCGAGCGUUGUGCAAGUCACAGCCCGUGCAUCUAUUCAUUGGCGGUAGCUUUCAACGAAGAGGCGUGAACAAUUCAUUGAAAAGGACUCAUGAACAAUAAUUAUAAUUAUUAGUUCCAACCAAUUAUCUAUCGAGUUUGCGCUCGAUUCUGUACGAGUAUCUAGAGUUACACACACUAUACCUACAUUGCACUAGCCUUGUUUCAUUUGGAUGCGAAGGUCUACUACAGAAGCACCCUUAGAGGAGAUGGUGCAUGUCUUACAAUUACUUCAAAAUAGUGCAAAGAAAUUGACGACAUGGACCUGCAAUAUAGUAUACGUUCUAAUACGUGCAGUGUAGUGCUGUUACACUGUAGAAAUGACAUGUAGACUCAGACUCGGCUUAGUGCUCUGGGCAAAUUUAGAAAGGAAAAUAGGUAACAACUGCAUAGAAAACUCUUUAUAUAAUGCAUGCAAAAGAGCACG